AUACUGAAAUGCUUAGUUCCGCAAAACUUGUUCUGACGGAAAUGAUUGCAUUCGUUGUGAAAUAGUUUUUACGCGUGUGUUAGCAUUUUUGUCGGAUACUGCACGUUCACUGAGAACAUUUUAAUUACAUGUUUAGUUCCAAGUCGGUUAACGAACUUAGGAUAUUUGCAUUUGUGAGUUGAACACAACACAAUGACUGUGUGAAUUCUCCACAAGUAUGGAUACAUCAGGUAGCAAGCUUGUGUCAAAGUGGUCAGUCAAGCCUAGCCCAGGCCUGACAUUGGCAGGAGGGAGAUCUACAGGCCUCUCACUGACUGGAGGCAGUACCAACUUGCAGUCUCCGCUGUUGUCAUCAUUACAACAGAAGACGUCCACUUCCGACUAUGGCAAACUCGGAAAGCACAAAAGUUCCACAAAGGAGACAGUCCUUACUGACAAGAAGAAAAAUAAACUGCAAGACAGUCGAGUAAAGACAGCGCCAUCUUUACUGUCAAGUCACCUUGGAGACAGUUCUCUUCUUAAAUCUAAUCUUCAGAGUAAACUGGUUGGAUUAAGCUUGUCUGGGCAGAGUCCACUGCUUUCAGCCUCCAGCCUUAGAACCCAGUCAGCAACUAGCUAUAGGACACCUCUAAUGAGCAUGACCGAUGGCUCAUCGAAAUUGCAAUCACAACUGAAACCACAGUUGUCCACGACACUGAUAGGAAAGUCAUCUUUGACUGGAUCAUUAUCGACAGGUUUCUCCACGACUCAUGGAUCAAUUGUUCCGGGUAAAUCCAGUUUACUGGGUCAGCAAUCGUCUGAGAAAUCUAAACUGCUUGACGCAUCAAGUUUGUCCUCAAAGACGGUUUCGGGUGCCACAAAGAGUAAGAAACCAGGCAAGAGGUCACAUGACCAAGUGUCUGAAAAGAAGGAGAAAAAGACAAAAUCCAAGGGUAUUAUUAGCGAGGAACAGAUGCAGAUGCUGGCCAUGAAACGGUACAAAAUAGUGACCCCGGAGUAUGACCUGAGCCAAGUCCUUGAGCUUCCCAUGAGUGCCCAGAUGUCAAACAGGGAUGAAUUUCUGGAUGUGGACAAAGAUCCUUUCCUGAACAGAAUCCACGUGCCUCUCCAUGAUGUAAAUGGGAUGAAGCUGGCGUUCAUCAAUGCUGUCAGUGGGUCCCUCAUUUGCCAGCCAAAUUUCAGGAACGCCAAUGACUUGACUAGGAAAUCAUUGACCGUUAUGGCUGAAAGGGUUGUGCCCUUUGACCCAGAGUUCAUCCUCAAGGUGGCCUUAUACACGAGGAAGGAGCUCAACAUCCGUACCACGGCAAACUUCCUUCUGGCAAUGGCCGCCAAUGUUCAUCCAUGUCGACCGUACCUCAAGAAGUACUAUGUCAAGUCUAUUGCCCUGCCUUCGGACUGGAUAGAGGUAGCAGAGAUCUACCAGGCCUUCCACGACAAGACCAUCAGCCAGGGGGCUAUACCAGCCGCCCUAAGGAAGGUUAUGAUCACCAAGUUUCCCAGUUUUGACAAAUACCAAUUAGCAAAAUACAACAAAGACAGCUCGAAGAAAAAGAAGAAAAAGAAGACAAAAGAAGAUGAAAAUACCACCACUUCAGCCACAAGAGGCGGAGGUCAAUUUAGAGGUAGAGGUAGAGGUCGCGGUGGAGGUCGUGGUAGAGGUCGUGGAGGAUUUUCUGCACCUGAACCAGUCAUAGAGAAGAAGAAGAAAAAGAAAAAGUCAAUGUUUGAUUCCGAUUCAUCAGAUUCCUCCGACUCUGAUUCAGAGGAUGAGCUAUUGAAAAGACAGAUCAGUGACAUAGUGUAUGAUGAGAGAGAAAGCGAAUCGGAACUUUCCCAGGCCAAAUUUUCCCUGAAGCAACUGAUCCGGAAACUUCACAUCGUAGAACCGGUGGAGCAUGUCAUGUGUUUGGUGGGGAAAAGAUACCCAGACAAUAUGGAAACUUUUUAUCAGAGUCGUCUGCCUGGAACAUUUGAAGAGGAGAGAGCAGGCAAGAGGAUGAAGCUACCGAUCCCGGAAACAUGGGAGACUCAGGUGUCUUUGAAGGGCAAUAAGGCAAAAACAUGGGAGGAUCUUAUAGAUCACAAUAAGCUCCCCUUCAUGGCUAUGCUGAGGAACCUACGGAAUGUGAUCAAGGCGGGAAUAUCGGAGAAACAUCACACAAACAUCCUACACAGAUUGACGAAUGAGAGGCAAGUUGUGAAUAGCAAGCAGUUUCCAUUCAGAUUUUUCUCUGCGUAUGAAGUUCUAGGAAAUCUGGAAAAGGAUUAUGAGAAGAGUCAAUCUGAAAUAGUAAGAGCAGCAGAGAUCGCGACCGGCACUACCAACCCUUAUGACACCUCGACCCCUGUUACACGUGGAAGAGGAAGGGGCCGAGGGGCCAGAGGUGGAGCCCUAGGUGGUAAGAAAGCCAAUCCUGAGAUGUGGUGGCUGGAUAAGAAGAAGAAUAAGAACAAGGGGCCGCAGGAGACCCUAUUUGACUUGCAACUGAUCACAAGGUACAAAAAAGCCCUGGAUAAGUCGGUGAAGAUCGCCACAACAUACAACGUCCAGCCAAUCAGGGGCCGAACUAUAGUUCUGUGUGACAUUGGACCUAGCAUGGAAGUCAACUGUACUGCAGCCAAGGGACUCGGAAAACCAAGACAGAUGAAGGAGGUUGCUGUCCUGCUCGGUUUGAUGUGCAAGUAUUCCUGUGAGGAGUGCGAUCUUAUGGCCUUCACCCCGACGACUUACUUCAAUGUCCAGCUUAAGCCUGGUACAAUCCUGGAAAACAUGGAUGUUGUUUUGGAUCCAAUGACUCUUACCAAUGCUGAAUUUGCAUCUACUGAGUCUAUGCCAUUUAUGUUACCUCACAAAAUUCUGUCGGAUGCUUUGAGGGACAGAGUACAGGUUGAUAACUUAAUCUUCCUGAGUGGCGGAGACAAUGUGCCCACCCAGCAGCAGUAUCUCUCAACGUUUCUGAAAAAAUACAGAGAAAUUGUCAACCAAAAUCUUCUGUAUGUCAACAUAUCCUUUGCAGGCAAGAAUUGUGGAUUUUCAGAGAGUAUCACUCCAGAACAUGACAACGACAUCUACAUUUCUGGUUACAGUGAUCAGAUACUCAGGUUUAUAGCCGAGAGAGGAGAAGGGGGACAACUUCGACAUGUAGAGAAAAUCGAUGAAGCUUUUGACCUUCGACCUAUGCCAGCCACCUCAUCAGACCGAGGAAACAAACCAAAGUUGGAACGGCCUGCUAAGCCACUACCCAUUGUUUCUAACUCUCCCAGCUGGAAAACUCUCCGAGUGUUCAUCUCAUCGACAUUCCGUGACAUGCACGGUGAAAGAGACAUUCUCACACGAAAUAUAUUCCCAGAGUUGCGCGCCCUUACCAAGAAACACUUCAUUAAUAUUUAUGAGGUGGAUCUCCGAUGGGGAGUUACAGAGAAUGACACAAAGACAAACAGAACCAUGGAACUUUGUCUCUCUGAGGUCAAACAGUGCAACCUGUUCCUGGGAAUUCUAGGAGAAAGGUAUGGCUGGAUACCCGAGAAGUAUAUCGUCCCCGAUACAGCCGAGUAUGACUGGGUCAGAGAAAGCAAGCCCGGGAUGUCGGUUACGGAGAUGGAAAUGUACGCCGGAGCUCUGAGUCAGCCGCAGGAAUCACAACAGACAGCUUUCUUCUUUCUCAGGGACAGCCAGUUUGAAAAGAACAUUCCUCCAGAAUUUACAUCAGACUUUGUUGCUGAGAAUGCUGAAUGUAAAGAGAAAAUGGCCGCCCUGAAAUCAAGGAUACGAAACAGUGGCUUGGAAGUAUACGACAAGUAUCCUUGUCACUGGGGUGGUGUGGCUGAGGACAAACCUCUUGUUUCAGGCCUAGAGUUGUUUGGUGCAAGAGUCCUUAACAACCUCUGGAACUCUAUCAACAAACUCUACAUUGAGCAGGCAGAGGUCCUGGAUGAGAAUACACACACAACCAAACAGCAUCAGGCAAUGUUGGAACGUCACCAAGAAAACUUUGUGGGGCGAAAAGCAAUGAUCAAAGAAUGCCUCAAGCAGCUGCAAUCUGUGCCCUCUGGAAUUCUGGGAUUGGUCGGCAAACCUGGAACUGGGAAAUCGGCUGUCAUGGCAUCCCUAGUGCAUAGUUACGUUGAGUCGGCCAUGUGUGACAGUGCCAUGUCAGUCUUGACCCACGUAGUUGGCGCUGCUCCAGGUUCCACCAACAUUCUGGCCACUCUACGACGUCUUACGCACGAAGUCAAGCGACGAUUUGGGCUGGUCAAAGAGGUCCCUGAGGAUUUCAAGAACCUGAGCCAGGUGUUUGGUGAAAUGCUAGAGGAGGCGGCUAGCAUGUGUGGGUCUCCAUUGCUGGUGUUUAUAGAUGGAAUUGACAUCAUGGAAAGUGCUUACCAGCCAGACAACCUGGAAUGGCUGCCAACACCUGUACCAAAGAACGUUACAUUUGUGCUGACUGUGCUGGAUGGUGGCAAAUGUCACAAGUCAAUCCAACGUCACAAAGGUCAAGAGGUCAGCGUUGGAGGUUUGGACAUGUGGGACAAAGCUGACGUUGUCAGAACUACACUGGCUACUCACAGAAAGACUCUGGACGAGACACCAUUCAACAACCAGCUGAAGCUCUUGCUGUCAAAGAAGGAAGCAUCUGUGCCUCUGUUCCUGAAACUAGCUUGUGAGGAACUCCGGGUGUUUGGAGUGUUUGAAAAGGUUAGUAACAAGCUGAAGUCCCUCCCUCACACUGUUCAACAGUUAUUACAGGAGGUACUAGCUCGAUUGGAGAACGACCUUGGCAAGGAAACGGUUAUCAUGGCGAUGUCUCUCCUCAUCUGUGCCAGGGAAGGUUUGGAUGCUGAGGAGCUGCAUGAAUUAUUGAGUCUGAAGCUCCUACUUGGGAACACAAGGAUCAGUGUCCAGGGAGUAAUAAAUAUUCAUCUGGGUCAGGAGAACUUGAUACCGCCUCUUAUCUUCUCUCAGAUCAAAAGGUCUCUUCAAACUUUCCUCAACCCUCAGGAUCGUUGGAGCACCAGACUGAGCCUGGCCCAUGCUGAUAUAGCAACAGCAGUAAGACAACGCUAUCUCCGAGGAUCAGCAGCAGAGCAGGAGUUCUCUCUCCACAAGCUUCUGGCUGGUUAUUUUUACCGACAAGCUGACCCUGAAAAAGACCACAGUUUCCGUGGUAACAGUACACGAGCCUACUGUGAGCUACCCUAUCACCUGUCCUGUGCCGGAGAGUUUAAGGAACUACAGGACAUUCUUUGUGACAUCAAGUUCAUUGACAGGAAGUUCGAGCUUGGCCUCGGGCCCAGGCUGAUGGAUGACUUCCAGGUCAAAGUCUUCGUAAAUAAAACGAUGGAUAGAGACCAGAACAAGAUGGUGGCAUCCGAUAGUUUCCAGCAGUUUAAGAUGUUCGUGUCGAGAAACAUGCACAUCCUCACCAGCUACCCUGGGUUGACAUGGCAACAGGCCAUAAAUGAACCUUCUGACUCACUGCCGGCCCAGCAAGCCGUCAGUUUACCAAGAGAUGUCAAUGAGAAACAGUACAUAGAGUGGAAUAACAAACCGGGGACCAAGGAUCCAUGUUACCUUACCAUGGAUAAUCUGCCACAGCCUGUGAUGUGUGUGGCCAUCAGCCAGGACUGUCAGUACUUUGUGUGUGGAGGCCUGGAUGGAGUCGUACGACUGUAUAAUAUGGAAACUGGCAAGGAGGUGCAUACAUACCGUGGCCAUUCGGAUGCUGUCUCUGAUGUCUGCUUCGUCAGUAAAUCAUUCCUCUGUAGCGCAUCACACGACAACAGCCUCAGUAUAUGGCAUGUCGAGGAUGGACACAGGGUACACCUCCUGAAGGGCCACACGCGGCGUGUGAAGUCAUGCGCGGCAGACCCUGCUGGGAAAUUGGUGGCCUCCGGAUCCUGGGACUGUACUGUGAAGGUGUGGGAAGCUUCCAAAGGAUCUGUGUCCUGUACUCUCAACGUGGGCAGCCCUGUAAAUAGUGUGUCCUUCCACCCUGAAGGCCAGCUCAUAGUGACAGGAAGCUGGGAUGCUACCAUCAAGAUAUGGGAUGUUUUUCAUAAAAAACGAAAGGCAGUACUGCGUGGACACAGUACAUCUGUGCGAGAUGUCGCUUACUCUCCUACAGGACGCCAUAUCGCCUCUGCUGCUCUGGAUGGCGACGUGAAGAUCUGGGCAGCACAGAGCGGCACUCAGGUUGGGAGUAUCCAGGGACAUGCUGAACCCAUUAACAAGUUGAUUUACUCACCGACCGGAAAGGAACUCAUCACCGUUAGUGAUGACCACAAGGUCAAGGUGUGGUCCGGACACUUAGGACUGACCCUACUAAAGCUCGGCGAGGAGGGAGGAGAACCCAUCGUUUCUAUCUGCCUAAACCCUGAUUGUUCCAACGUUGCCCUUGGUUACCACACAGGAAUAGUGAAGGUGUUCGAUGUCUUUACUGGAUUUGAGCUGUGGAGUACUCAGCUCCACACGUCCAGAGUAAGGGGCCUGAGGUAUAGUCAUGACGGUAUCUUCCUCUUCACGGGAGCAGACGACUGUACAAGCAAGGUUGUAAGGGCUAAUGAUGGCAAACACGUGUGUGCCAUGUCGUCCCAUUCUAAACCUGUGAUGUGUGUCGCAACAGUUAAAAAAUACCUGGCUACCGGCGGUGAGGACUGUCAGUGUUACGUGUAUCCUACAGUCUGGACAAAGGGUGGUAAAUGCCCUAAGAUGGUGAAGUCUGUUGCUUGUUUGGGUAAUCACACUGGAGCAGUGACAAGUUGUGCUUUCAGUCCAAAUGAAAGACAACUGGCCACCGCAAGUCGAGACAUGUCGGUGAUGAUUUGGGAGUUGAGGAUGAGUUUACUAGACUCCAGUACCGCGCCAUUACAAGUGUUCCAUUCCUGUCACAAAGACUGGGUCACCAGCUGUAGUUGGUUUGGGGAUUUUCUGGUGACCGCAUCCAACGACUUCACUCUCAAAGUCUGGGAUGUGAAGACUGGGACAGAGAAACAGAGCAUGACUGGUCACAUGUCAUCUAUAUCAUCCGUCACCUACAAGUACGGCUGUAUUGUCUCCAGUUGUAAUGACGGCUCGGUCAAGGUUUGGUCACACAAAGGCACGGAGAUCACCACUCUUCACUCCCACCAGAGGGCAGCACAUGCGUGCGACCUGUACGUCCGAGUGGCUGAGAGCGAUAAACUCAACAUUUCAGACGAAAUGGACUGGAGUGCUGCCGUAACAGCAGAAGAAUCGGAGACCAAAAAAGUUUACAAACCUGCGGUGAAACUAGAGGAAGUUAUAGUAGCCACUUGUGGGGACGAUGGCACUGCUGUACUGUGGAAACCACUACAGGCCAAUGAGAUGGCUAGUUUGACUGGUCACUCUGAUCGAGUGGUCAGUGUAGCCGCCAACAAAGAUGGUCACUUGUGUACAACGUCCCUGGACAAGGCCAUCCGUCUGUGGGAGCCACAGUUGUCAACUGAGUCUGCUACGGGUGUCCAUAAUGCACCAGUGACCGUUGUUGAGACGUCGCCGGACAAGUCCAUCCUUUUGACCGGUAGCAGAGAUGGGGUAUUGAAGAUGUGGCAUAAAUCUAGUGAUUCCAGUACACCAAAUUGUGCCAUGUCGUUACAGGCCCACAAGAAAUCUGUCAAUGCAGCCUGUUUCCUGGCACCCAACAUUUUCGUUACUGGAGGAGACGACGGCCAGAUCAUUGUAUGGAACAUUUACAAAAAGACCCGAUCUGGUCAAAUUGUACCUUUAUGUCAGAAGCAUAAAGUUUUCUCUACCAUAUCACCUGUCACUGCCUUGGCCACGUCUUCCGAGCUAGAUUCUAACGCGGGUCAUAUAUUCGUGUCAGGAGAAUGGUGUGGAAAACUGACUGUCUGGAACACAGCACAGCAGAACAAAUUGUCUGAAAGCUUUGACUUUGGUAAAUCUGAUUGGAUACUCGGAAUUAAGUUCAGGACAAGUACAGCCACGCCCACUUUCCAUGUUGCCACGGCGAAUGGCUAUGUGUGUAGAGGCACAAUGAACAAGCUCGGACAGAAGCUGACAUCUGUCGACUCGUAUUAUAUUCCCCCGGCGUCCAGCGUCCCCGUACACAGACAGGUACCAGUGAGAAUUCUAGGUCUGACAACCAGUAACAAUGACAGCUAUGCCGUCACUUCUACUGGGCAGAUCAGUACUAGUAAAAGACAAAUGAACAGCCACACAGAAACCAAGAUCCACAGUGCUGCCGUUACUUGUGUUGCAACCUCAGAACAGUUUGUAUUCACUGGAGCGCACGACUGCACUGUCAAAGUCUGGCGUCGACAAGAUAGUAAGCUCAAACAGGUCGGCCUGUUCUUCUGUCCGGCCCCUGUCGAGAGCUUAGUCGUAACCAACCAAUCAGAAUCCACGACAGAGAAAUCCAUGGUUCGUCUGGUUUGCGGUGACCAGUUGGGAAACAUCCACUACCUCACCUGGCGACAAUAGACACAGGUAACAACAAACGGCUGGAAGUAACCAAUAAAAUGAACAAGGAUUACCGUACAGUUCGCAGUUUGGUGGAAGUGAUGUACGGUCCGCAGUUUGGUUGUUGAAAUCAUUGGCAUGGCUCAUGUACCAAACCCUAAAUUAUCACCAGGUACUAAACAUAACAUGAAAAUUAUCACUAAAGGAAAAAUAUCAUGAUUGUCCGACGUCUGCUCCAAGGUGUUCCUUGUAGCCAUGGCAAUAUAUAUAUAUAAUAUAUAAUCCCCUGAAGAGCGGCACAAUGUAGCCGCGAAAGUACUAGGGAGACAGCAGAUCUGUGUUUGACUUUUUUAUUUUAUCAUAUAUAUAUAUAAGUAAUCCCUGUACAUAACUGUGAUAUGUCAACACCUACAACCCAGCCUUUCUGUUGAAAUUGUAUUUCACAAACAAUUGUUAUUGUCUCUGAAAAUAUUAGAUGUUGUUUCUUCUGAAUUUUACUUUGUUUUGUUUUGUGAGGGGCCACGGUGGCCUAGUCGUUAAGGUGUUCCGACACUUUAUCACUAGCC